UUAUUAGAUUAUUUAUUAAUUAUUAUGAAAGUUUAAAGUAUAAAUUAUGAAUUUUGAUGUAAAAAUAUUCUAAAUAAUCUGUAAAUUUAAUUUACCAGUUUCAGUUUUUUCAGUUAUUUUAAUUUAAAAGAUUAUUUUUGAGUUAAUUUGUUUUAUGUAACCAGUUUAAAUUUUUAAUGUUAUGAUCAUUGACACGACUAAUGAUCAUACAGUUUACAAAUGUAGUUGCUUUAUAACAACAUAAGACCAUAGCAUUAUCAUUGAGUUUCAUAAUUUCAUUAAAUAAUGUUUAAAAAAGUAGGAGGUUUUGUUUUUACAUCUUUUCAGUACUUCUGUGUUGCUCAUUGUAUAACAGAACAUGUAGCAGAUGUAUUCUUAUGUUCAGGUGAUUCCAUGGAGCCAUCUAUUCACUCAGGUGAUUUGGUGAUUAUUCAACGUUCCUCAAAGAUGUUCAACCAUGUAGACAAAGGAGAUGUAGUUGUUACAAAGUCACCUGAAGAUUAUAACAAAUUCAUUUUGAAGAGAGUGAAAGCUGUUGAUGGCCAAAUGGUUAGAAGAGGAAUAAAUUAUCAAGUAGUACCAAGAGGCUCUGUAUGGUUGGAAGGUGACAAUCAAGCAAAUUCAAAAGAUUCUUGGGAGUUUGGUCCUGUACCUAAAGGUUUAAUACAUGGACGAGUUGUUUGUCGAAUUUGGCCCUUGUCACAUUUCAGUAUGAAAAUUUAACGAUAUGGCUAAUGUAGUAAAUAGAAUGCACAAAUAAAAAUUGUAAUGAUUAUACUAUUUAUUUGUAAAAUAUUCUAUUGUAUAAUAUAAUAUUGUAUAUUAGAUUCUUAA